GCUGACAUGUAUCUCUGUUUUAAAAUAUUAAACAAAUUCAUCCUUCAGAUAAAUAAACGUGGUUUCUUCCUCUGUGGUGUCAGAGGACUCAACAUGUGGAGCUGCAGUCCGUGGGCUCUUCUCCCUCCGAUCUACUCCGCCUUCACUGCUGUCGGACUCUGGGUGGUAUAUUUUGUAGCUGUGAGUGAUGAGAAGAUCGCACCGCUGGGUUCAAAACACAAGAGGAGAAAUGGAUCCUUUUAUCCUCCCUACAUCAGUAUUGCAGGAAACUCUCCGCCAGCCAGCUGCAUCUUCAGCGAGGUCCUCAACUUCGCUGCGUUUGUGGGGUUCAUAAUCGGCGUCCUCAGAUACCUUCAGCUGAAACACAGAUUGGACAAACAGUGGCUGAAUGUCUGCAGUCUGGUGGCGUUUUCUCUCGGCUGCUUUGGAAUGACGCUCGUAGGAAACUUCCAGUUAUUCACUGAGGAGAUGGUCCAUAACUUCGGCACCUCUCUGACCUUCGGACUCGGAACGCUGUUCUGCUGGUUGCAGUCGUACAUCACGCUGAGAGUUAAUCUGAAGAAUGAAGGGAGGAAUGCUGCUAUCAUCCGUUUCCUGCUGUCUGCAUCCAUCACCAUCUGCAUGAUUCUCUACUCAUCUCUUAUGGCUCAAGGCCUCCACAUGCAGGCGGCUCAGGGCCAGUGGGCGCUGGUCAUGUUCUUCCUCGCCUUCAUCGGCACGUUUGGCUUCGAGUUUCGCCACAACCGCUUUGAAAUCAUGUGCACGGACCACACGCCACUCUCUGAAGCGUCCCGAUACGAGCCGGACCAGCUGUAGGCCUGUUACAUCAUCUCACGGUUAAAGAUCCUCAGGUUUAACUGCAGGAGUUGCAGCUUUAAGAGGCACUUCUUCCAUCAGAACAAGCAGUUUUUAAUUUAUUUUACAGGGAUUACAGAUCAGUCUCAAAAUACAUUUAUUCACAGUGUUAUUAUAGCACCCACACCUACUGUAUCUUAUAAAAUGACAUGGAAAUCUCACUUUAUUUUUACAAUAAGGGACCUGAAACUCUAAUUUUUAUUUAUUUUUCCUAUGGUUUUUAUGGUCUUACCCUUACAGAAGGUGCUAUGCAAAUAAUGAUUGAUUGAUUUAUUAUUAUUGACUGUACUGUUACUAUUAGUGACACAUUAUCAUGACUUCAUGUAUGCAUGGCUUGGCUGUUACAUGUAUUUUUAAUCGACAAGGGUAUUAAAGGGAUUUAUAAUUUCACUUAUUUACAUGCAAACAGGUUUUAAUUGGUGAAUUGGUUUUUACUUCUUUUUAAACAUCUACGUGUUUUUUUUAUUACUUUUUUAAUGUUUUGCAGGUAUGUAUAAAUCAAUUGAAGUUAUGAUUUAAAUUGCAAUUUUGCACAGAAUUAAAUCAGUAUCAAUAAAAAGAAAGCACAAUUUUGUUUUUUGACAGUUUUGUCAGUCUUCUUUUUGACAGUUAGAAAAUAAACAUAUUUCCCCUAAAAAAAAAUCGUUAAAACAUGUGUCUGUAUGAUUCAAUAAUACCAUAAGUGCAAAUUGAGUUACUUUUUUGAGGAUUUCGACCCUUUAAAGGGGAUCUAUGAUGCCUGUUUUCAGAUUCAUAUUUGUUUUCCACUACAACAGGUUUACAUGCUUUAAUGUUUAAAAAAAAAAA